UACAAGGUUUUAAUCAUACCGUAUCCUGAUACUACCAAAAUCCCGGCAAAAUUCCAAUAUAGCCAAUCAAGUUCUCAACACCACCAAGUUCCCGAUACUAAUAAGCUCCCGUCAAUACCAAGUUUCCAACCCUACAAGUUCUCUACACUACAUGUUCCCGACACUACCAAGUUUGGAUAUUGGAU